AUGUCAGGAGUGGGAUUUGAACCCACGCCUCCAUACGGAGACCAGAAAGCCCUGAACAAGGUGGAGUCUGUUUUUGAGACGAUCGUAGAGGAGAAAGAAGAGGAAUCUACUUUAACUAAACUGGGUAACACAAUUUCCACCUUGUUUGGAGGAGGAUCGUCUGAACCUGCUCCAAAUGUAACUGAGCCAGUCCAGGAAGAAGAGGAAGUCCCUCCAGAAUCGGGGAAGGAAGACAGAAAUGAGUCCCAGAAGGAUGAAGUGAGUGAGGAGCCGAAGGAUGAGGCGGAGAAAACCCCAAAUGAAGAAAGAAGCCAGGAGAAGAGUGAGGAAGCAGGCAGCAAGGCAGACGCUACGGAAGAAAAGGAUGGAGACAAGUCUGGACCCUCUGAGGUGGAGAAGACGACCAAACCUCAGAAAAGAAGCAAGAUCUCUGAAGACAUCCAGGUGGAACUUCUUAUCAAUGACAUCACUGACCCCUCUGCAGAUGACCUCACUUCCUCCAAAAAGAAGUUACAAGAUCUGACGGACAGAGACCUGGCCAAACAGGAAAGAGAGAGAGUUCUGAACACUCUGGAAGCUUUUAUUUUUGAGACGCAGGACAAGCUGUACCAAGAGGAUUACCAGCAGGUCAUUACUGAGGAGGAGAAGGAGAAGAUCCUGGCCAGCUUGAGGGAGACCUCGGACUGGAUGGAUGAGGAAGGGUAUGCCGCCACCACUAAGCUGCUGAGAGAGAAGCUGUCUCAGCUCAAGAACCUGUGCAAGGACAUGUUCUUUAGAGUGGAGGAGCGGCGCAAGUGGCCAGAUCGCCUGGCUGCUCUCAACAACUUGCUCAACACUUCGUCGUUCUUCUUGAGGAGUGCCAAACUGAUUCCAGAGGAUGACCAGAUCUUCACAGAAGUGGAGUUAAAUAUGUUGGAGAAGGUCAUCAAUGAAACCGCACUGUGGAAGAACGACACGGUAGCAGAGCAGAACCAGCGGUCACCUAAAGAGAAACCAGUCCUGCUGUCCAAAGACAUCGAGUCAAAGCUGGCUCUGCUGGACCGAGAGAUCAACUACUUGCUCAACAAAGCCAAGUUUGCCAAACCGAAGAAAGUCAAGAACGCUACGAGCACCGAGAAAGGGAGCAGAGCCAACAGCACAGCAGGAGACAAAGAUCCUCCCCCCACGGAGGACCACUCAGAUGAAGAGCCGUCACAAGACCCCCCUCCCGCUGAAGACAGCGCCUCACCUCCAGAUUCUGAAAACCAGUCACAGCCCACCGAAGCAACGAUAAGUACAGAACCCACAAAGAAGACUCCACCGGAUGAAUUAUAACAGCUGGAACUUGGUGUGAGUGUAUGUGUGUGUGUGGGACACUAUUUAUUGACUAAAACGUUCAACUUCUUUUUUCCUUUGAUCAUUUUCCAUUUUUAAUAACAUUGUUGCUAGAACGCCUGAAGGCUGAUUGGAAAAUACUCCUUCCUUUGUUUAACACAAGUCGAGCUGAAGACUGUCGGAUGAAUGUGGUGUCCAAAGUUGGGACCUCCUCUGUGCUGGUACAUGAGACCCUAGCUGUGUGGGAGCAGAUACCCAGUCCCUGGAUGUUGGUGAUUUCCUGCUCAUGUGUGCUCUGCGU